UUAGGGGCUGACCCGAGGCCCCGCUAUGGACGGCGAGAGCGAAGUAGAUUUUUCUAGCAACAGAUUAAUCCCUUUAUGGCGGAGGCGGUCGACCCCUGAUCCCCAGCUGCUGGGCCGGAGCAAACCGAGGCCCCAGUCCUACCAGAGCCCCAGCGGGUUGCUGAUCACAGAUUUCCCGGUGGAGGACCUGGGGACGCUGCCUGCCGCGCAGACUGCCACCCAGCUGCCCACCUCGUCGGAUGGCAGGACAGUGCAGAGGAGCCCGCUCCUCCUUUGUACCCAUCGAGGGGCGGUCACCAAUGGGCGGACGAUCUCCGCGGAAUACAGAGCUGCUUCUCCUCGACCCCGACGGUCCAAGUCACCGCAAGUCCCCAAAAUAAUAUCGGGAGGCUCCCCGAAGUCCCCGGCGAAUGGCACGGUGACCUCUCCGGCCCCGCAGCCACCGCUGCGUAUCCCGCGGACUCCUUCGUCUCCCGCGCCCUGCAGCCCCGAGAACCUCACUGGAGUUACUGCCAACCGGGUGCUUUCACCCACCAUCAACGGUCUGGCCUGUAAAAUCGAUUCCUCUGGCUCCAGUUCUCAGACUGCACAGACGGCUAAGGACUCAGAACGGGGGCCCUCGGGACUCUCUAAUGCGCUCCCGAAAAGGUCUUCAGAACAAAACCUCCCCCUCCAAAGGCUGCCCUCACAGGAGAACGAACUGCCCGAAAAUCCGUCUGUGGUUUUGAGUACAAACAGCCCUGCUGCCCUCAAAGUUGGGAAGCAGCAGAUCAUUCCGAAGAGCCUAGCCUCAGAAAUUAAAUUAAGUAAACCGAACAGUCAGAAUGUGGAGCCCCACAAGAGACUCCUCAAAGUGCGCAGCAUGGUAGAGGGCUUUGGAGCACCCCUGGGUCAGGCAGGGGAUGACCGGGACGUGGACAAUGAUGUGGAUAGCCCCGGGUCUCUGCGGCGAGGCUUGCGGUCCACAUCCUAUCGUAGGGCUGUGGUCAGUGGUUUUGAUUUUGACAGCCCUAACAGCACAAAGCAGAAGAACAGGAUGUCUCAGCCUGUCCUGAAAGCAGUGAUGGAAGACAAGGAAAAGUUUUCCAGCCUGGGAAGAAUAAAGAAAAAAAUGCUGAAAGGACAAGGAACAUUUGACGGGGAAGAAAAUGCAGUCCUAUAUCAAAACUACAAAGAAAAGGCCCUUGACAUUGACUCUGAUGAAGACUCGGAGUUCAAAGAACAGAAGUCAGAGGAGAAAAUUGUGAUUCACCCCAGGCCUCUGCGAUCCACGUGGAGCCAGCUCUCUGCAGUGAAGAGAAAUGGGUUGUCUCAGACAGUAAGCCAGGAAGAAAGGAAGAGACAAGAGGCAAUCUUUGAAGUCAUUUCAUCUGAGCAUUCAUACUUACUGAGCUUAGAGAUCUUGAUUCGAAUGUUUAAAAAUUCCAAAGAACUGAGUGAUACAAUGACUAAAACUGAGAGACACCAUCUUUUCUCCAACAUUACAGAUGUCUGUGAAGCAAGCAAAAAAUUUUUUACAGAGUUGGAAGCAAGACAUCAGAAUAAUAUUGUCAUAGAAGAUAUCAGCGACAUUGUAGAGAAGCACACGGCAUCCACGUUUGAUCCCUAUGUGAAAUAUUGCACAAAUGAAGUUUACCAACAGCGUACACUACAAAAAUUGUUAGCCACCAAUCCCUCCUUUAAGGAAGUAUUGUCUCGGAUUGAGUCCCAUGAAGACUGUAGGAACCUACCCAUGAUCUCUUUUCUCAUUCUCCCCAUGCAGAGGGUGACCCGGCUUCCCCUACUGAUGGAUACUAUCUGUCAAAAAACACCUAAGGAUUCUCCAAAAUAUGAAGUCUGCAAAAGAGCCUUAAAGGAAGUAAGCAAAUUGGUUCGGCUGUGUAAUGAAGGAGCCCGUAAGAUGGAAAGGACCGAGAUGAUGUAUACAAUUAACUCCCAGCUGGAAUUUAAAAUUAAGCCUUUUCCAUUAGUCUCCUCUUCCCGGUGGCUAGUGAAAAGAGGAGAGUUAACAGCCUAUGUAGAAGACACAGUGCUUUUCUCGAAGAGGACAUCCAAACAACAAGUCUACUUCUUUCUCUUUAAUGAUGUCCUCAUUAUCACCAAGAAGAAGAGUGAAGAAAGUUACAACGUCAAUGAUUAUUCCUUAAGAGAUCAGCUCUUGGUGGAAUCUUGUGACAGUGAAGAGCUUAAUUCUUCUCCAGGGAAGAACACUUCCACAAUGCUUUAUUCAAGACAGAGCUCUGCCAGUCACCUCUUUACUCUGACAGUCCUGAGCAACCACGCAAAUGAGAAAGUGGAAAUGCUGCUAGGGGCAGAGACACAGAGUGAACGUGCCCGCUGGAUCACUGCCCUCGGACACAGGAGUGGGAAGCAGCCUCCAGACCGAACCUCACUGACCCAGGUGGAAAUCAUUAGGUCGUUCACUGCCAAGCAACCAGACGAACUCUCCCUGCAGGUAGCGGAUGUGGUCCUCGUUUAUCAGCAUGUAGGAGAUGGCUGGUAUGAGGGGGAGCGACUUCGAGAUGGAGAAAGGGGCUGGUUUCCUAUGGAAUGUGCUAAGGAGAUAACAUGUCAAGCUAUAAUCGACAAGAAUGUGGAGAGAAUGGGACGUUUGCUAGGACUUGAGACCAAUGUGUAACCUCUGAGACAGCAUUCUGUUACUGCAAGAUUUGCACUACACAAUGGUGGACUGAUUGUACCGUUAACUUCAUCACCACCUAUUUAAAUAAAAAAAAUAAAAACACUUGCCUUUAAACUUGCCAAGAUGUCUGCUCUCCAAAGAACAGCUAGUAAAUUCACAAAACUCAGUUCUCACGCGAUAGCCCCUUGAAGAACCUCUUUGGAUCCUCAGAGCCCCCACUUCAGGGCUCAGACAGACUCUUAAAGAGCACCUACUUCCAUUGCAUUCUGGCAUAAUUUAUGUGUAUGUGGCUGUGUCCUGAUUGUCUUAUUUUGCUAAGAACAUUACUAUCCCCCUUAAACAUCUUUAUGUGGUUUUCCAAGUAUUAGCAAGAUUCUGUAUUUAAGGAAUGCCUAGUUUUGUAAAUAUGUUUUUCCUAUUUUUUUUAACAUCUGAGUCUAAAGUUAUAAUUUUAAAAGGAACUGAUGAGAGUUCAGAAGUGAGCUGUCAGAUUUUCCUAAAUCACUUCCCAGGAAAGGGACAUUGACACUUGAAUUUUCUCCCAUUUUCAUUAGAUGGAGAAAGUGAGGCCCCUUUUGAUUUUUUUUUU